AUGCGUCGUGAGCAUGUGUCUGAUGCUGCUGAAGCGCCUGCACCAGAGGACAUUGACCUGGAGCACAAGGAGCACUAUGGUGGGCCAGAGCUAGCUGUUGAAGAACUCGAUGGGGACAAGGUCAUCUACAACAGUAAGUUCUUCAAGAAGGAGUACAACAAACUGAAGAGGAUUGCAAAAGGACCGAGAUCUGUGGAAUUUCCACAGAUUACAAAAGCUUUCACUGGAACUUCUGCGGAACAACAUGAUGUGAUCCGUCGGUUUGUGGAGAGUGGGGGAAAUGAAAAUGCAGUGGAAGCAGAGUUCACUGCUGAACGCACACAUGAAGUGGAAGGGAGAGGUGAACGCAAACUCAUGACAGUGAAGGAAAUGCGUGAGGCUGGCUUCUCAGAGGCCAAAAUCAAUGCGUGUGUGCAGAAAGGUGGUGUGCCAGAUGAAGACUGUCCUACGGACAUGGCCUCUAUGAGGUUCUGGGCGCAUACCGUGAAGACCGAAACCACUCGAGAUGUGACCCAGCUGAGGAGCACAGUUCGGGCCAGUGUUGCUGCUACCUCAGCAGUCCAAGCUUUGGCCACAGGUUUUGCACCUGCCAAGGGUGGCGUUGCAGUGGACGCAGCCAAUGUCAUGGCACAAGCAGGAAAUGAAGUCAAGAAGGAGAUCCAAGCUUUGAACUCCUUGCAAAUCGAUGUUGGGGAUUUGGACAUGUUCAAGGGACGUGUUGAGCAGCUGAAGCAGUUCUCGAACUCCAUGAAGUUGCACUUUGACAGUUUGACAGAAGAUUCCAUCAAGAGCGAAGAUGAUUUUCAGAAGACCUUGGCAACAGACAGCCGCAUGAAGCGAGCUGAGAUGUCAGCUGCCUUCCGUGAGUACAAGAAGUAUUGCUGGCAUAUUUUGGGCUCACAUGAGAAAUGGAAUUUUGCUGAUGAUACUCUGAAAACAAUGAGAAAGGAUGAAAGAGUUCAUCAAAAGCUGAUGAGCACUGGCUUGGCUUUCCGUGAUAUUAUUUCGUGGCACCAGUUACCCAUUCAGAAUGAAGAUGGCCAGGUUGAAACUUUGCUCAAGUGCGGGUACCGCGAUGUAUUGGGCUUUGCAGACCAAAACUAUUGGGAUGUUCUCUGUGAGCACUUUGACCACACAAGAGUGAACAACACAGAUGAUUGCAUAGGGGUUCAAGUCUAUGGAGACGAGGCAACUAUUUUUGAUGGUCUGAGCUACAUGUGCAUAGCAUGGUCUUCAGAAAACUCACCAUUUGCCAGUUUGAGUUCAUGCUCGCGUUUUCUGAUCUGUCUCUUGCCACUGCCAUUGUACUUGAUGAGUCCGGCUCCAAAUCACCGAAAAGGUAAGAUCAAUGAGACGCUCCAGGCAGCUCUUCGUUGCAUUGUGGAAUCUCUUGACAGUUGGUCUUCCACACCCAUUUGUGGAUUGCGUGGUGAAUUUGUGGCUUUGAAGGGUGAUUGGAAAUGGUUGACGCAUGCGCUGAAUUUGAGAUGUCACGCUGGCACUGACCAAAUUUGUUGGCAGUGCCCUGCCAGCAAAAGCAUCCAAUUUGCUUAUACGGACCUUUCUGCUGGUGCUGCAUGGCGGCGGUCAAGACAUGACCCAUCAGAAGUACAUUUCCGCAAGCCAUCGAUUGCGGAACUUGGUCAUUUUAACAUGAAAAAGGUGGAAGCCAGAAUGAGACACGCCUCAGUGCUCAUCAAGACAUGGGCCAAGAACCAUGGAACCAGAAGGUUUCCAAACCGAUGGCAAAUAUCAAAGACUAAACUCAGUCUGAAAAGCAGCAAAUACGUGCACUUCACAGGCAAGGCAUGGCAAAGUGGACUCAUCAUGGAAUUUUUGGAUUGGUUUUUGCAAACACAUGACCUUCCGCAAGUUGAUGCAAACAUCAAGACAUGUGUGUGGGCAGCCAACAACAUUGCUGGAUUGAUUGCGUGCAGUGGUGUGAUGUUCACUGAAGACCAAGUGAAGCAGUUGUUUGUGGUUGGCAAUUUGUUUCUGACCACGUAUUUGCGAUUGCGUGAGAAAUUUCGAUCCUUUUGCUGCUACCGCCUGUGGAACCCUCGGCCAAAGUUCCACUUAAUCGCCCAUGUGGUCGACCAAGGGCGUCGCAAGAAAAAUCCAAGGACCACGUGGUGUUUCAUGGAUGAAGAUUGGAUCAAGUCCAUUAUGAGGCUUGCCAAGAAGACACAUGCAAGAACAACGCAUGUGGCGGUGCUGACUAGGUACACGGCAGGACUGAUUGUUUCAGUGUAUUGUUUUGUUGAAAUUUCAUGGCUGUGUUGGUUUGCAUGGGAGGAUUAA